CAGGAUCGUCGGUGUCUGUAAGGCUCAGUUUCACAGGAGUGCUUAAAACUGUCUCUACCUUUGUCUCCGACAACGCCGCGUCACUUUGAUGGGGAACUCGAUACCAGGGCGGGAAAAUGCCUGUUAUGAAGGGAUUGCUCGCGCCACAAAACACAUUUUUGGAUACUAUAGCGACGCGCUUUGACGGCACACACAGCAACUUCAUCCUGGCCAAUGCACAAGUGUCCAAAGGUUUCCCAAUCGUGUACUGCUCGGAUGGAUUCUGUGAGCUUACGGGAUUCGCACGCACUGAGGUCAUGCAGCAGAGCUGUGCAUGCAAGUUUCUAUAUGGACCGGAGACCAGCGAGCACAUUAUACGUCAUGUGGAUGCUGCGCUUGAGGAGAAGAGCGAACUUAAGGAAGAGAUAAUGUUUUACAAAAAGAGUGGUAGUGUUUUCUGGUGUCUGCUGGAUAUUGUGCCUAUAAAAAAUGAGAAAGGAGAUGUGGUCCUUCUUCUCGCCUCUUUUAAAGACAUCACCGACACCAAAGCCAAAUCUAUCCUUGAGGAGAAAAAAGAAGGGUGCCAUCGGGAAAAGGUCAAGGGCGGGUCUCCGUUCGGCUCCACUCGACUGCGAUCCAGCACGGUUUUGUACCAGAUUACAGGACACCUGCACAACCGUCAAAAACAGAGUAAAAUUAAACUUAAUAAGAAUGUGUUUGGUGAUCCACCGGCCCUUCCUGAAUAUAAAGUCGCCGAUGCCAAGAAGUCAAAAUUCAUUCUUCUCCAUUUUAGCACCUUCAAAGCAGGCUGGGAUUGGCUGAUACUUUUGGCAACGUUUUAUGUUGCUGUGACCGUGCCGUACAAUGUUUGUUUUAUUGGUGAUCACGACUUCACUCGUAGCACCACGGUCACCGACAUUGCUGUUGAGAUUCUUUUUAUAAUAGACAUUGUGUUCAGUUUCCGCACCACAUACGUGAGCAAGUCGGGGCAGGUGAUCUUCGACGCACGACAGAUUUGCAUCCAUUACAUGACCACAUGGUUCAUCAUCGACCUGGUUGCCGCCCUACCCUUUGAUCUUCUUUACGCUUUCAGAGUCAGCGUGGUGUCAGUUGUCCAUCUGCUGAAGACCGUACGCUUGCUGAGGCUCCUCCGUCUGCUACAGAAGAUGGACCGAUACUCCCAGCACAGUACGGUGGUGCUGACACUGCUAAUGUCCAUGUUUGCACUGCUGGCUCACUGGAUGGCCUGCAUCUGGUACAUCAUUGGCAAAAAAGAGGUGGAGGGCAAUGCAGACUCUUGGGAUAUAGGCUGGCUGCAUGAGCUCGGGAAGCGUUUGGAGUCUCCAUACGAGGGGAUGAGCGCGUCCCCGGUCAAUGGAACGGCUAGCAGUGGACCGUCUUUACGAAGCAUCUACAUAGCGGCGCUGUACUUCACCCUCAGCAGCCUGACCAGCGUGGGCUUCGGAAAUGUCUCUGCCAACACAGAUGCAGAAAAGAUCUUCUCCAUCUGCACCAUGCUCAUCGGAGCAUUGAUGCACGCUCUGGUCUUCGGCAAUGUGACAGCCAUCAUCCAGCGCAUGUACUCGCGCUGGUCCUCCUACCACACGCGCACUAAAGACCUGAAAGAUUUCAUCCGUGUGCACCACCUGCCCCAGAGCCUCAAACAGCGCAUGCUGGAAUACUUUCAGACCACCUGGUCUGUCAACAACGGCAUCGACUCGAACGAGCUAUUAAAGGAUUUUCCCGAUGAGAUGCGUUCAGACAUUGCAAUGCAUCUAAAUAAAGAAAUCCUGGAGCUGUCUGUCUUCUCUUCUCUGAGUCGCGGGUGUCUUCGUUCUCUGUCUCUGCACAUAAAGACGACGUUCUGCGCGCCGGGCGAGUAUCUGCUGCGGCAGGGAGAUGCUCUGCAGGCCCUUUUCUUUGUCUGUUCUGGAUCUAUGGAGGUGCUUAAGGACAACAUGGUGCUAGCUAUCCUUGGCAAAGGCGAUCUGAUUGGUGCAAACAUGUCUGUUGAUGACCGUGUCAUAAAGACGAACGCCGAUGUGAAGUCGCUGACAUACUGUGACCUGCAGUGCAUUAAUCUGAGGGGUCUGUAUGAGGUGCUCAACCUGUAUCCUGAAUACUCCCACCGUUUUGUUCAAGACAUCACUCACGAUCUCACCUACAACUUAAGGGAAGGCCGAGAGAGCUACAUGCUAUCCAGAAUGUCCAGCAAGACCAUGGACGCACAGCUGGAGGGGCGGGGAAAUGGAGAUGUGAUCCAGCGCUAUCCUCCAAUAGCUGAGCAUCAAGAUGAGUUAGAUGAUGAAGAUGAUGAUCAGAAACGAUAUCUGAGCGGUGGAACCAAACAAAAAACAUACACGCAGAAAAAUGAUCACCAAACCAGCAAAAAGCUCCUCAUUCAGCAGACUGCUGUUCCAAAGCCUGACCUCUCAAACCUCAGUCCAAGGGUUGUGGAUGGAACCGAGGACAGCGAUGGUCCUGAAAAUUCCCAUACGUUCACAUUUUCUUCUGGUCACCAGCACAACAUCAGUGGUCAAACUAAUACCAACACAACUGCUGCAGAGUUGGCAGCUAAAUCAGAGGAGACCAGAGGGCAGUUACGCCACCUCAACCAAGAGGUGAACUCCCUAGGAAGGGAAGUGGCUGAACUAGGACGAGUCAUGCGAAGUCUCGCCUUUCUCAUUGAAUCCAUGAUGACCUCUCCUCAAACACCAGGUGUCUGCACAUCAACAUUUACCUCUGGACAUCCCUCUCCUUCUGUCCCGUUUCAGGGACAGGGCUCCUCCUGGGCCACCCCACCCUUUCCUUCACCAAUGCACCCCGGGAUGCAUCAGGGAGGAUUAAUAUCGCUUCCGCUCAGACCACAGGAACUGCAGUUGGUCUGCCCUACCAUCUCCCCUGGCUCUUCAUCUGGUUCUUUUCCUGUCACACUUUCUGCUUCCUCUUAUACAGACAGAUCCAAAGAGCCUUUACUGACCCUUUCUCCCAUGAUCGCUCGGACCAGAUCGCAAAGUUUGGAAGCACCUGUUCCUGAACAUCAACGACACCUUUCGUGCAACCCUGGAACAUUACCCAGAGCUGGACAACCAUCAUUGGGGGGUGAAGAUGAUCUCAGGUCUCUGGGCUUGUAGCAAUCAACCUUUAACAUGGAUGUUCUAGUGGAUUCUGCGUGUUAACCUGGACUCAGAACUGGACUGAUAAGAUAAGUGGUUCACGCACUGCCAAAGCCAUGGAGCAAUGGUUCCUUUGAAAAUAUACAUGUUUACCAUCUCAGUUUUUAAGAUAAUCUUUCUGAAGGCAUGUCUUUUGAGUUAAGAAACUAAAGGGAUAUCUCUAGCAUCAAACAAAUAUAUCUGAUGUUCACUGCAUCUCUUCUAGAUCAAAGAGUGUUUAAAACCUUAAAGGAAAGCACCACCGUUUUCAAAAUUUUACUAUGUUUUUACCUCAACUUAGA